UUUUUAGUAUUAUGUGCCAAGAAUCUUGCAAAGAAAGACUUCUUCAGACUCCCUGACCCCUUUGCUAAGAUUGUGGUGGAUGGCUCUGGGCAGUGCCACUCAACCGACACUGUGAAAAACACGUUGGACCCAAAGUGGAAUCAGCACUACGAUCUAUAUGUUGGGAAAACUGAUUCUAUAACCAUCAGCGUGUGGAACCACAAGAAAAUUCACAAGAAGCAGGGAGCUGGCUUCCUGGGCUGCGUGCGGCUGCUCUCCAACGCCAUCAGCCGGCUAAAAGACACUGGCUACCAGCGUUUGGAUCUAUGCAAACUAAAUCCCUCAGAUACUGAUGCAGUUCGUGGCCAAAUAGUAGUCAGUUUACAGACAAGAGACAGAAUAGGCCCUGGAGGGUCAGUGGUGGACUGCAGAGAACUGUUGGAAAAUGAAGGGUCCGUGUAUGAAGACUCGGGACCUGGGAGGCCGCUUAGCUGCUUCAUGGAGGAGCCCGCCCCUUACACAGAUAGCACUGGCGCUGCCGCAGGUGGGGGCAACUGCAGGUUUGUGGAGUCCCCGAGUCAAGAUCAGAGACUCCAGGCACAGCGACUUCGGAACUCCGAGGUCCGAAGUUCACUGCAGACGCCCCAGAACCGGCCACAUGGCCACCAGUCACCGGAACUGCCUGAAGGCUAUGAACAGAGAACAACAGUACAGGGGCAAGUUUACUUUUUGCACACACAGACUGGAGUGAGCACAUGGCACGACCCCCGGAUACCCAGAGACCUUAAUAGUGUGAACUGCGAUGAACUUGGACCACUGCCACCAGGUUGGGAAGUCCGAAGUACAGUUUCUGGGAGAAUAUAUUUUGUGGAUCAUAAUAACCGAACAACCCAGUUUACAGACCCAAGGUUACAUCAUAUCAUGAAUCACCAGUGCCAACUCAAGGAGCCCAGCCAGCCACUGCCCCUGCCCAGUGAAGGCUCUGUGGAAGAUGAAGAGCUUCCUGCCCAGAGAUAUGAAAGAGAUUUGGUCCAGAAACUGAAAGUCCUGAGACAUGAGCUCUCACUUCAGCAACCCCAGGCUGGGCAUUGCCGCAUUGAGGUUUCCAGAGAAGAAAUAUUUGAGGAAUCAUACCGUCAGAUCAUGAAGAUGCGACCAAAAGACCUGAAGAAGCGGCUGAUGGUGAAGUUCAGAGGGGAAGAGGGUUUGGACUAUGGUGGUGUGGCACGGGAGUGGCUUUAUUUGUUGUGCCAUGAAAUGCUGAAUCCGUAUUAUGGACUCUUCCAGUACUCCACGGACAACAUUUACAUGUUGCAAAUCAACCCAGAUUCUUCAAUUAACCCUGACCAUCUGUCUUAUUUCCACUUCGUGGGUCGGAUCAUGGGUCUGGCUGUAUUCCAUGGACACUAUAUAAAUGGGGGCUUCACAGUUCCCUUCUACAAGCAGCUUCUUGGGAAGCCCAUCCAGCUCUCUGACCUGGAAUCAGUGGACCCCGAACUGCAUAAGAGCCUGGUGUGGAUUCUAGAGAACGACAUCACUCCUGUGCUGGAUCACACAUUCUGUGUUGAGCACAAUGCUUUUGGGAGGAUUCUUCAGCAUGAGCUGAAACCCAAUGGCAGAAAUGUGCCUGUCACUGAGGAGAACAAGAAGGAAUAUGUCCGGUUGUAUGUAAACUGGAGGUUUAUGAGAGGCAUUGAAGCCCAGUUCUUGGCACUUCAGAAGGGGUUUAAUGAACUCAUCCCUCAGCAUUUACUGAAGCCCUUUGACCAGAAGGAACUAGAGUUGAUUAUAGGUGGCCUGGACAAGAUUGAUCUGAAUGACUGGAAAUCCAACACACGGCUGAAGCACUGUGUGGCAGACAGCAACAUUGUCAGGUGGUUCUGGCAGGCAGUGGAAACCUUCGAUGAAGAGAGAAGAGCUAGGCUCCUACAGUUUGUAACUGGCUCCACCCGAGUCCCUCUCCAAGGAUUCAAGGCUCUACAAGGCGCGGCAGGGCCCCGGCUCUUCACCAUUCACCUGAUAGAUGCAAACACAGACAACCUGCCCAAGGCCCAUACCUGCUUUAAUCGGAUCGACAUCCCACCUUAUGAGUCCUAUGAGAAGCUCUAUGAGAAACUGCUGACUGCUGUGGAGGAGACCUGUGGCUUUGCUGUGGAGUGAAGAGCAGCUCAAGGCAGCAGAAUCUCACUCAUGACCACGAGACCAAAAGCAUAUAGCUCCUGUGUGCCUCCCGCAAAGCUGGCUGAGGCCUGGAAUUCCAGAAACCCGAGGGAAAAGGCUUUUCUCCCUCCUUCCUUGGCAGAAGGAGGGGGCAGGGAACUUUCGUAGGUGGCUCCCACCAUCUGUCCCUCCUUUAUUAUAGUUUCCCACCCCCUCCAUCACCCAUCCAAUAAAACGCAGCCAGGUUCUGCCUUUGGCCUCAGUUACACAUGAUGAAAAGGCUCAGAGCCCUGUGCUCUUCAUAGGAGCAUGAGCCACAGUAGGGCGAGCUGGGCCCACCAAGGGUUUGCAUGGUUGCAUACCAGCCAUCUCCUCUCCGUACAGCCUCAGCGCCCCUUUUCAAGUUCAGCAGAGCUGCUAGUUACUUUACCAGAGCUCAAAUUCCAAAUCUUACAUCCUAGGAGCCUGUUCUGGGUGGCAGAUUAAUUUCUAACUGAAAAGUGACUAUGUAGUAGAUGCUUAUUGGAAUUGUGCCACGUCAGGAUGCUUGAGUCAAAAUGUGUUUCCCCUUUGAGAGGUGAAGGAAUUGGAGCAGCUUUCAUUGGAAGCCCAGGGUAUUUCUUUGCAGGGUAUCCUGGCUGAAAAAACUCAUUUUGCACAGAGAAAAACUAUCUUUCCUUUGCUGCGUCCUAUAUCCAGUUUGAAAAUGUUUCUGGUGAAAAUACCACAUAAUGGAGCUAAGCAAAGAACACACCAAAACCAGCCUCAUAUCCAACCAGUCGGUCCAGUGCGGACUCCUGUGCCCUGGUGUAUGUGGAGGAGCACCGACUGCAUCUCUAGAAAUGUUACAGACUUUGAUUUGGCAAUUGCUAAGAGCUCAACUAACAAUUUUGUUACUAGCUGAAGAGAGUGGAACAGUGGCCCUGCUGACCAGUUCCACACGAGUUCUUGCUGUACACAAACAGGGUAUGGAUGUAAACCAGUGACACAGGAUGGGGACAGCUCCACACAGACCCAGUUGGCCCCUUCACCUAGUGGCAGUGGUGACAUUAACAGUUUAGUUCACUUACCCACAUGUCUCCAUAGGCUGAGCAAGGCCAAAGCCAGCCAACUCUACAUUUCUGACACCAUCUCCAGUUUGCACAAAAGUUCUGACAGUGUUUUAUUUCCACAGAGUGGCUUGGUUUGGGACAGCUAAGCCUCCAUGGAAAACAGUAGCAGCAACAAACUUUUUGGUAUGGUGUUGCUGCUGUUUCAGUUUGGGGCGGGGGCAAGUACAGGGUAAUUCAUUAGCAAGACAUUUCAUUGCUGUUGAAAUCUGAGUUCAGUGUUGACUCCUACUGUGGUCUGAGAUGGAUCAGGAAGGACCUUAGGAUGACUUUCAUCUGUUCUUUUUGUUACUUUUACUGAGACCGGCGGUGAGAAGGAUCACUAACCCCUGCAUCUGGCUGCGCUUCUUGAGCUUGCCCUGGAAGCAGUCUGGGGUGCGCUCACCAUCUUAGGUCACAGACCUGGUCUAGAUUUGUCUAGCUUGGAAGCUGCUGGUCCCAGGGUCUGUAGAGUCUGAGCCACACUCUUGGCUGCUGAUGUGCUGGGACAAAGGGACCAUGUGGGACUCACUGCAGAAGGAAAGUUGAAUCCAUUCAAACGUCCAGGCCGACAUGUGGCCUUAGUCUUUCAAUUUCUUGCCUUGCCCUAAUAGGGCUUAUCUGUGUCUCCUUCACCUUGAUGCUUUGGAGGGCGUUCUAGAAACCCAUUCCCCCAGGACUCCCAUCUAGUCUUCCCUUACAAUCUCCCCUGAAGCUUGAGGAACUGAAAGGUACAGGCCCCCAGGGAGGUUUUCUCCGUGACCCGACCCCAGCUGUGGGAAGCAGCUUAAGUCUUGAUGUCAGAAGUUCUGUUGGUUUCCUGGUGGUACCACCCCACACCUGCAGUGGUGAGGAGGGAAGCCAGGGUCUCUCAGUUCAAGACUGAAGCAGGAGUGGUACCUGUGAAUACUAGCUUCUUGUGCUGGGAGGAAUGGUGGGAUGGUCUUGAUCAGCUUACUCACUGGCCCUACACCUUUCUUGUUGGGUGUCCCUUCAGCUAAGUUUGAGGUAGUGGCUUCGGCCCACCAUGGCCUUGUUGCAGACCUCCCCAGAGUUCUGUCUGGUCUGCUCUCUCUACUCAGCCUCUGUCAGGGUGCUGUACUUCCAGAACCUGAACUGCUGACCAUGGUCCAGGGCUUUUGCACUCCCUGAGGACACUGCAUGGCAAGUCCAUGGUAAAAGUUCCUGGUUGUCCCAUAUGUGAUAUUGUUGGUCCCCUCAUCCCUGCCCCAUGGGCCCUCCUCACCCAAAUCCUUCAGGGGCCCAACUUUCCAGGCUCGCCCUCCCAGCGGCCAACAGCCGACACUCAGGGAUGUAGCAAACCACCACUCUGCAGAGUUAGGGCAGGAAAGUAAGGCGACUGCAUGGCAGUUCAGGGGGACAGCACAUAGCACUCUCUGGAUCUCUAAAGGGAGAAUCUGCCACUAGGUUGGAUUUUGGCCCCUAAGCUAGAUUAGCCAUGUGGUCCAAAUUCAGGUCAGGUGGGCCUCAACUUGGAGAUGUCAGGAAUGGCCCUCUGCAGAGAGCACACCCUGCCACCUGCAGCUGGUGUGUGCCGCACAGCAGCCUUCCUGAAACACAGUAUGGAUUUUUAAAGUUUGUUUAUUUUUGUUUCUCAACCACUUUAUAAUGUAUUUUUAAUUUAUUUUGUAAUGUCUUAUUUUUAAGUAUUGCUGCUAUCCUUACUCUUCCCACUGUUUUUAUUGCUGAUUUAUUUUGUCAAAGUUGUACACUAAUGUUCCGUUUUAUGUCAAAAUCAAAAGUAUUUAAAUACUAGUUCUAUUUAAUGUGAUUAUGGAACCAGCUGGAAACACAAAACAGAUUGUACAGCAGGCUGGACCCGGGAGGUCAGGUUCAUUUUGUUACAUAUGCAAUAAACUCACGACUUUACAUUUUAUGAUGCUUGUUAUUUUGGUGUGGAAAUGAGAUUCCAUUUUCCUUACAGUUUCACAAGCAAGGUCAGUGGUCAGAAAUACUGGGAAGGGCCUUCCAAAGAAAAAUCAAAAGUAAGGACAAAUAACUAAUGGAAAUGUAGUGGUUGUUUGAAAGUGCUUUAUUAAGCAAAACCUCAUGGGAUUGGGAAAGCUUAGAAUCUUUUGACAUCUUUGCAUAUGGUCAUAUGUAGCACCCCCCCCCAUUUCUUUUUGUGGUAAAUGGACAUAAAAUUUGGUGGCAUUAAAAUGCAUCAAAGGAAUACUGCCUUAGACGUGAAAUUGUGAUACCAGCUCUUCCCUGGGUCUCCAGCCUGCCUUGCAAAAUAUUCAUGGUAGCUCCCACCAGCCUUUCUGUUAACACAGAUACACAUGUAUUUAUUGUUUUCCUGGAGGAUGUUAAUAUCCUUUAACUGAUUUCUACCUUUUGUCUAUUUUGAAUAAGGCUGUUAGGAACACAGGUAUAAGAUUAUCUGUUGGAACCCUUGCUGUCAAUUCUUCUGCAUAUGUACCUCAGAGAGGAACUGCUGUUAAGUACAUGUGUAUUUAACUCGAGGCACUGCCAAAUUGUACUCCACAGUGACCGUACCACUGUGCUUACCAGCACUACCGAGGGUUACAAUUUAUCUACAUCCUUAACCACUUUUU